AUGGUUCGCGACAGCCUGCUCAAGAAAACGCUGCGCACCGCAGAUCUGCCAAGCAGCUGGCGCGCCCUGCCUCCCAGCGCGGAGCUGGUGCCAGCCAUGGACGUGCACAUGGCAACUCUCACUGCCGCGGAGCUCAAGGACCCCGAGUGGAACGCGUACAACCACACGGGGUCAACCAGCACGGCUCCUUUGUACGUGAGGAGCAUCGAGGGCGAGAAAGUAUGUUUGGAGUGCGCUGACAAAACGGGCCGGGCUCAGACACACAUGCUGAAUCAGUGCCCGCAGCACGCUCGAGAUAGCACGGCGCUGUUGCUCGAGUUCCUGCACUCCCCUUGCGCAUUGCGCAUAAUUGCCGAUCAUGUGAACACCAUCGCCGGAGCCAAGGGAGUGGUGGCGAAGCUCAACGUGGUCCUCCAGCAACACCCCGGGCACCCAGCCGACCUGAUUGGCGACAGUUUCAAUCCUUGGAAGCUACAGAAGAAUAGACUCGCCGAGCUCCACGCAGCGAAAGCCGCGCGAGAGCUCAGAAAAAUUGCCGCCAACAGCAGAUGCUUCCUGAGCGCGCUCACGGAGCUCGGCCACAAAGGCGGCAUGGUACAGGCCCUGUUCGCGGCGUCCGCCGAAGAGAUGGAAGGGGUGCUCGCGGCGUCUCCUGGGUGGAGAAGCUUCAGAGUGAAGAAUGCGUUGCGCAUUCGACAGCCCUCGUCGCGGUGCCCGGAUCACGGGCGGCACAAGAAAACUCCCGCGGUCGUGCUCGCAGGCAGCGGGCCGCGCCGCGUGGUGUCCCAGCGAUUGGGCACCACGGUGUGGGCAACCGGGAAACGCGGACGACCGGUUCGCAAGGUUGCCGUGCUUCACGCCCAGAACGCCGCCGCCAUCCAGCUGUGGACCGUCCUGAUCCGGCAAGCUGGAGCCGCGCGCGUGAAGGCUUUCCAGGAGCACAAAGCCGCGACUCUUGCUAAGUUCAACCACGACGUGGCGCGGCGGGUGUACUCAUUCUGUGAGCAGGCCACCCUCGCGGAUUACGGCGCGCAGUUCGCCUUUUGCGAAGAGUCGCAAUUGCUGGCUCGGCUCGGGGGCGCUGCAGCAGAAGAGGGCGCAGAGGCUGGGAGUGACUGGGAGAACGUGGCAGCCGGCGACGAGCACGAGGUCGACGAUGCCGCUGCUGCUGGCGGCGCCUGA